CUCAAAAUUUUACAGUAAGUCACGAGAAAAUUCAAACAUUGGGUUGACCUUAUUGGAAAACACAUGGUUCCGACACCCUUCUGAACAGCCGAAUCGCGGGGAGCGAUUUCUACCGAAAAUGACCGAAAUAAAACAUGACGUAAUGCUUGCAACAGCAUGCGGUUGCUGAUUGGUCAAAUGUUUGUCAGGGUAUUAUGGGUUGCCGCCUGCUAGCAGAAGCCGGAAGUGAAUUCCGCUUCCAAGGAUCGAGAUGGACUCCAGUCAAUUUUCCAAUCGUCCCGAAACGUAACAAAUCUACUUUCAUUUCGACAUCGGGACAGUAGUAACGAACACCUAAUUUCUUAUUUCCUGCGAAACAUACCUUCGCUCUCACUGCGCUCAGACAGGCAAAGAAGGUUAUCUAUUACGUUAUAGUGUAGCCUUCUUGGAUAGGCGAAAGUAGGUCAAUGGCUUGAACUUUUCACCCUUUUCACCCGGUCUGUUUGCUGUGUCAGGGAAACAGUUUUCUCAUCUCAAUAUUACAAUUAAAAUAAUCAAUGACAUUUUGUAUUCACCAAUCAACGGUCCCAGACUAUAGGACGCCCCUAGUUACAAUGUCUAAAUAAUGAUCGAUGUAAGUCCCGACUUUAAAAGGGACAACUGCCGGCUCGGAGGUUCAGAAUGGAGUUUGAGGACACCAGUUGCCAGAACUCUCCCGGGCCCCAAAGCUUUUGGUUCCCGCCGGGCGCGGGGCGCGGGGCCCGGGCACUUUCCACCGGCCGGGGCUCCGGGCACGAUCUCCACUGGCCGGCACCGGCGGCGCAGCACCGAGGAAUUACCGGGGAGCUCCGCUGGUAUGGUCACCGGACUAGACAGGGGAAGCGCGCCGCGGCAGCCGGCUUGGUCAGCGUGGAUUUUUACUUGGAACAAAAUAGUAAACCUCAGACAUGCAGCGAGGGAUACCCUACUGUUCUACACUGAACACCGGUGCUGGCAUAUAAGGUUAUGCCCUGUCCGCGCUAAACUGCCCGCACCUGCCAACGACUCGGGGUUCCGAACAGUGGAGACCAUCUCAGUGUACGGAGAAGGUUUCACUCUACAUGACGACAAACACAACAGUUACUCAAGAAUACAAUCAAAAAGUGGAACAAAAUACCAGGCAGACUUCGGCAUGUCCACCCUGAGAUGCAGACUACAGCAGGAAUUUACUGGCUAGCACGAAACCCAGUCGUGGAAGGAUUGGGGUGUGCAUUCAUGUUUUUCACGCAAGAAAGUUGAAAAACAAGCACUGCAGCUGAAUGCAACAGCAUCGUGAAAGCAAAGAAAAAAAUAAUAAAAAAGCAAGACUGACACAAACAUGCAUACAUUGUGUGUUACAUAGAAAACACACAAGUGAAUA